AACAAUCACCGUUCCUAGGACGAGGUCUACGGAGACCAAUGGAGGAUGGCGCAGAAGCAAGGCCAGGCCCAAGUUCCAAUAACCCCAGCGGAAAUGACGAAUCGGAUUUGAUCACCUGGGAGGAUGUUCCCCCAAUACAGCCAGCAAAGAGUAAAAAAGUUCGCAAACACCGUGAUUACACGGUAGCAGUUUCUUCGCGUGGCAGAGGUUGCCCAAAAAGGGAACCAGUAAUCGAGCGACAAAUAGGAGAAAGUGAACAGCAAUGGGAAAGCAGAUUAGCUGUUGAGGAGUUAGAACGUUAUUUCAAAAGUGAACAUCCGAGAACGUCAAGAGAAAAGGAGCGUUUGAAGGACGAGCAGGUCAAGGCCAUUCGUGCUGUGAGCAAAGACAUAAUGUUUUAUGAAAACUAUGUCUCAAGAGCGAAAACUCCAUCACCAGAGCGUCCGAUUACCCCGCCAGGACCACCAAUCAGAAGAGAAAUGGAGCAAUCAUUGGAGAUUGCUAGUAUCGAACUUGGAAACCAGACUCUUCCAAUUAUUACACGAGGCGUGAUGUUUGGAAAUCUUAAGCCGAUUCCCACCGACCCUAAAGUUGAUCCACCACCUGGAUCAUGCAUCAGCUGUUGGGAGAUGGGACACCGGCGCAGCAAGUGUCCGAAUCCGCAUUAUGGUUAUUGCUGCAACUGUGGUAGGCGUGGAGUCACCAUGACUGAAUGUCCUCGAUGUUCAGAGCAACAUGCACUUGACAUGAUGAGGAAGUACGGAAAAACCAACUAUAGUGAUUACAGGUCCGAGCGAAUGGAAAAGGUCAGAAAAAGGAUGGCUGAUUCAGGAAAAUUGAGCGUUCAGGAGAAGCUUAGAAGAGAUGCGGAACAAGGUACCAGCGCAAAACCAUCAAUCAAGGAGCAGCAUAAGGAAGUAGCGGAGCUAAAGGUGAUCACGAUGUCAAAACGGAACACAUCGGGUGUAGGCCGAGGAUUCCGUAAGUUGGAAUCUGUUGGAUUAGAACGACCCGGACAAAGGACUCAAGAAGAGAACAAUAACGAUGAGAAGCGAGAAUCAACGGAGAAGGAAGACUUGGACCCUGAUGAAAUAUGGGCAUUGUUGGAACAAGUUCCAACAGUAACAUUGACUCCCACAAAUUUACCUGUGGAUCAGUCAACUCUACUUCCAAAUUGGAAUUUCCCACCACCGUUGCCAUCACCGCCAGUGGUAUACCACAGUUUACCAACAUUAACGUUGCCUCAAUCACCACAGAUGUUACCAGAGCAGCUCGCUCAGCAGGAUGACACCGACCGAUUCAUCGAGCAAACACGAUCCUUUGCUCAAGCUCUAGUUGGAUUGCCAGCCGAUGCGAUAACAUUGGCUAUGAGGGAAUUCUUUGAGGAACGUAGAAGAGUUAUCGAAAAGAGGAAUUCAAGGGGGUAAACACUAAGAAUGGUUAGAGUAAUAACAUUUUUUUUAUUUUCAUUUUUUAUUUUUUUUUGAAUUUGUUACGUUUUUGAUUGCUACUAGCAACUAGUGUUAUAGCGUCACUACAGGUAGUGACGAAUAAGGAACGGGAAUUGUGACAAGGUGAAUUGUCACAGAACGCAAAAUUGUUUUAUUUUCAUAUUUGUCAGCGAGCACGAUUUCCGUUUCAGAGACUACGUUCUCAUGAUUAGAAUUAAAUUAGACUUAUUAUUUUUUUUUGGUUUCAGUAUUAAAAUUUAUUAUAAUUAAUGAAAGUUAUUUUGUUUAUUUUAUUCAUUUAUUAUUUACGAAUUUUUGUUGUAAUAUUUCUCGUAAGAAAAUUAAUCCCGAGAAAUUAAGCUUUAUUUUGAACGGACUAUUUCCAACUGGCGUAGUAAUCGGUUCGCAAGCAGUUCGAUGUACCGUGUGAGUGACGGAGAGAAGGAGAGAAAGUACGUGUGAGUAAGAGAGAAAGAAAAUGCGCGCGAGCUAGCAGACCACCGACGCCGGUUGUAAUAAAAACAGAUGGCGAAAAAUCGUCAAGAGAAUAUGUUCCGAGAGUGUUAAGAGACAAGAGUUUUCUUUGAUGUGAUUUUGAGUGAGUUGAGUAAUAUCCGUAGUAUUCUAAAUUUAAAAGGAGAACUGUGAACUAUUAAUUGAGAACGAUAUUUAUGUAGAGAUAGACGUUAAAUCGAGAGAUUAGUUAAAUUGCCAGAGUCAAAGGCAAGUGCGAACCAGAGUGUAAAGACGAAAUUUCAAGUGAGAAACCAUUGUUGGGAAACGACGAAGAAUUGUAACCAGAGAAAGGCACCGUUCUUAUUAAUUGUCGCCAACAUUUUCAUUUGUUAACCGAAUUGAUCGGAAAUAAUGGACAACAACGAAGCCUGGACAUGCAGAUUCUGCAAAAAGGACAUAUGGAAAACCCAUUACAUAAUCCAUGAUGAAUUCUGCAAUAAGAGAAAUCUCAAAGCACGAGCAGGAUACUGCGAGCCGGCGGAAAAUGGGAGAAAAUACAUAAGAGCGAAUUAGGAUAAACGUCGAAAGGAGCUUAAGGAAUUCUUGGAGAAUAGCCUAGCAGAAAAUUCAAGGAAACUAGCAGAAAAUAUUAAGAAAGAAAAUCUUGAAUUUAUAGUCUUAGACACAAAUUACGACGAACUAGUAAAAAUUAAACAUUUUUUGUA